GUCUUUUCUUGAUUGACCUCAAUUACUGACUUGUGGAGAUGCAGUGAAUGUGAAAUCCCACAUAUAUACCCUUUUUCAUUUUAAGCUUACUGACUGUUCUGGAAUAUCUUGAGCCCUUUUCUGGAAAGGGGUCCCUAUUAUUACUUUAUGGGGCAACAGCCUGGAAAAGUUCUUGGGGACCAACGAAGGCCGAGUUUGCCUGCCCUGCACUUUAUCAAGGGAGCAGGGAAGAAGGAAUCAUCAAGGCAUGGGGGUCCACACUGCAAUGUUUUUGUGGAACAUGAAGCCCUUCAGAGGCCAGUAGCAUCUGACUUUGAGCCCCAAGGUCUGAGUGAAGCAGCUCGUUGGAACUCCAAGGAAAAUCUUCUUUCUGGUCCAAGUGAAAAUGACCCCAACCUUUUCGUUGCACUGUAUGAUUUUGUGGCCAGUGGGGAUAAUACUCUAAGCAUAACUAAAGGUGAAAAGCUCCGGGUCUUAGGCUACAAUCACAAUGGCGAAUGGUGUGAAGCCCAAACAAAAAAUGGCCAAGGGUGGGUUCCAAGCAACUACAUCACGCCAGUCAACAGUCUGGAGAAACAUUCCUGGUACCAUGGGCCUGUGUCACGUAAUGCUGCUGAAUACCUGCUGAGCAGUGGAAUCAAUGGUAGCUUUUUGGUACGGGAGAGUGAGAGCAGCCCAGGCCAGCGGUCCAUUUCGCUGAGAUACGAAGGAAGGGUGUACCACUACAGGAUCAAUACUGCAUCUGAUGGCAAGCUCUAUGUCUCCUCAGAGAGCCGCUUCAACACUUUGGCCGAGUUGGUUCAUCACCAUUCAACAGUGGCAGAUGGGCUGAUUACCACUCUCCAUUAUCCAGCCCCCAAGCGCAACAAGCCCACUGUCUAUGGUGUGUCCCCCAACUAUGACAAGUGGGAGAUGGAGCGUACAGACAUCACCAUGAAGCACAAGCUAGGAGGAGGCCAGUAUGGGGAGGUGUAUGAAGGAGUGUGGAAGAAAUACAGCCUGACUGUGGCAGUGAAGACCUUGAAGGAGGACACCAUGGAGGUGGAAGAGUUCUUGAAAGAAGCUGCAGUAAUGAAAGAGAUCAAACACCCUAAUCUAGUACAGUUACUCGGGGUCUGUACCCGGGAGCCUCCAUUCUAUAUAAUCACCGAGUUCAUGACCUAUGGGAACCUGUUGGAUUACCUGAGGGAGUGCAAUCGGCAGGAGGUGAAUGCUGUGGUGCUACUGUACAUGGCCACUCAGAUCUCCUCAGCCAUGGAGUACCUAGAGAAGAAAAACUUCAUCCACAGGGAUCUUGCCGCCAGAAACUGCCUGGUAGGGGAAAACCACUUGGUGAAGGUGGCUGAUUUUGGCCUGAGCAGGUUAAUGACAGGGGAUACCUAUACAGCCCAUGCCGGAGCCAAGUUCCCGAUCAAAUGGACCGCCCCUGAAAGCCUGGCCUACAACAAGUUUUCCAUUAAGUCUGAUGUCUGGGCAUUUGGAGUACUGCUUUGGGAAAUCGCUACCUAUGGCAUGUCACCUUAUCCGGGAAUUGACCUGUCCCAGGUGUAUGAACUACUGGAGAAAGACUACCGCAUGGAGCGUCCAGAAGGCUGCCCAGAGAAAGUCUAUGAGCUCAUGCGAGCAUGUUGGCAGUGGAAUCCCUCUGACCGGCCCUCCUUUGCUGAAAUCCACCAAGCCUUUGAAACAAUGUUUCAGGAAUCCAGCAUAUCAGAUGAAGUGGAAAAGGAACUGGGGAAAAAAGGCAUGCGAGGUGUUGCAAGUACUCUGCUGCAAGCCCCGGAGCUGCCCACCAAGACGAGAACCUCCAGGAGAGCUGCGGAGCAUAAGGACUCCACUGAUGUGCCUGAGACGCCCCUUUCUAAGGGUCAGGGAGAUAAUGAUCCUCUGGACCAUGAGCCCACUGUGUCUCCAUUACUCCCUCGAAAAGAACGAGGUCCCCAGGAUGCUGGCUUAAAUGAAGAUGAGCGCCUUCUCCCCAAAGACAAAAAGACCAACUUAUUCAGCGCCUUAAUCAAGAAAAAGAAGAAAACAGCCCCAACUCCUCCCAAACGCAGCAGCUCCUUCCGUGAGAUGGACGGCCAGCCAGAGCGCAAGGUGGGCAGUGAGGAAGAAAGUCGAGAAAUCAGCAAUGGGGCGCUGCCUCUCACACCCUCAGACACAGCUGAGCCAAGCAAGUCCCCAAAGCCCAGCAAUGGGGCCAGUGUCCCCAAUGGGGCCUUCCGGUCUCCUCACCUGUGGAAAAAAUCUAACACACUGACCAGCAGCCGAUUAGGAGCCAGCGAAGAGGAGAGUGGCAGCAGCUCCAGCAAACGCUUCCUAAGAUCCUGCUCUGCCUCCUGUGUGCCCCAUGGGGCCAAGGACACAGAGUGGAGGUCAGUCACACUGCCCCGAGAUUUGCAGUCCACAGGACGACAGUUUGACUCGUCCACAUUUGGAGGGCACAAAAGUGAGAAGCCAGCUUUGCCUCGAAAGCGGGCAAGUGAGAACAGGUCUGACCAGGUGACCAGGGGCACAGUGACUCCCCCACCCAGGCUGGUGAAGAAGAAUGAGGAAGUAGCUGAUGAGGUCUUCAGAGACAACACUGAGUCCAGCCCAGGCUCCAGUCCUCCCUGUUUGACUCCAAAGCUCAUCCGUAGGCAAGUCAUGAUGGCGCCUUCCUCUGGCCUUCCACACAAGGAAGAGGCUGGGAAAUCCAGUGCCUUAGGGACCCCUCUUGUAGCUGAGCCAGUGCCCACCACCAGCAGAGCAGGGUCGGGUGCAUCUGGAGGUCCCAGCAAGGUCCCUGCUGAGGAGCCCAGAGUUAGGAGGUACAAGCACUCUUCUGAGUCACCGGGGAAAGACAAGGGGAAACUGUCCAAGCUCAAGCCUGCCCCUCCGCCCCCUCCCCCAGCCUCUGGGGGGAAAGCUGCAAAGUCCUCUCAGAGCCCGAACCACGAAGCAGUUGGGGAGGUAGGAGCUGGUGCAAAACCAAAAUCCUCGGCUCUGAGUAUGGAUGUUGUGAACAGUGAUGGUGCCAAGCCAAAUCCACCAGGAGAGGGCAUCAAAAAACCUGUGCUCCCUUCCAUGCCAAAGCCACAGUCAUCUGCCAAGCCGUCGGGGACCCCAGUCAGCCCAGCCCCCACUGCCUCAUCACUGCCGUCAGUACCCUCAUCCCUGGGAGGGGACCAGCAGUCUUCUACUGCCUUCAUCCCUCUCAUCUCUACUCGAGUUUCUCUUCGGAAAACCCGGCAGCUUCCAGAGCGGAUUGCCAGUGGUACCAUUACCAAGGGCGUGGUCCUGGACAGCACCAACGCCCUGUGCCUCGCCAUCUCCAAGAACUCUGAACAGAUGGCCAGCCAUAGUGCAGUGCUAGAAGCCGGCAAAAAUCUCUACACAUUCUGCGUGAGCUACGUGGAUUCCAUCCAGCAAAUGAGAAACAAAUUUGCCUUCCGCGAAGCCAUCAACAAACUUGAGAACAAUCUCCGGGAGCUUCAAAUCUGCCCAGCGACAGCAGGGAGUGGCCCUGCUGCCACUCAGGACUUUAGCAAACUCCUCAGUUCAGUGAAAGAAAUCAGUGACAUCGUACAGAGGUAGCAGAAGCCGUGUCAUGCCAGCUGGAGAUGCCUUCAGCACGUGAGGACUUCCUGUGCCAUGAUGGGGAUGGACAAAGGACCAUGAACCGGGGCCGUGGCCCAGGAGCUCUGCACAGGUGGAGCUGGGGGGCCGCGUGGAGUACAGCCUGACUACCUAUGUGUGCACCGACUGUCCACAUGCACUUUCCUCCUAUCAGCACCAGCUCCCUGAGCCUUCUCUGUCCCCUGACAUAUCUGUGGAUGUCCUUCUCC